AUGGGGCUACUGAUCAGCCUGAUGUACUGCAUUCCGCGCAUCUUUUAUGGCCCAGUGCCUGCAAGAUUGGUUGUCAAGACAAAGCAAGGCUCCCGGAGCACCGGACCUGAGACCCUGAGGACGUUCAUAGAGACCCGGUGCCCGAGCAUUCUGAAGGAGUAUCGGCCUGCGUGGUGGUUGUUCAGCGGACAUCUGCAGGUGGCGCAGUGUGUGCUCGGCGAUUUCUCGCAGCAAGAUCGAAUGCUGUACGAAAGGCGAGCGGUCGUGCAAACACUGCUUCGAACAGUCGACGGAGGCACAUUAGCACUAGACUUCACGCUGCCGGAAACUGGGCUACGCUACGAGGAAGACACUCCAGUCGUCGUGGUCUUGCAUGGCCUCGCAGGAGACUCCCAGGAACCGUACGUUCGAGCGAUCCUGGCUCCUGCCUGCGCUCCAAUCUACAAAGGUGGUCUCGGAUAUCGUGGUGGCUCAGGUGUACCGCUCACUAGCCCUCGUUUAUACUCGGCAGGCUACACGGAUGACCUCCGUAUGGCCAUCUUCUACAUACGGAAGCGAUAUCCUAGAGCCCGACUCAUAGGGCUUGGAUUGUCUGCUGGCGCAAACAUCCUGGUCCGUUAUCUGGCAGAAGAAGGCGCCCAUAGCCGCCUGGUUGCUGGAUUAGCGAUAGCAUGUCCAUGGAACUUCGCUGUCAGCAGCGACCGACUCGAGGACAGCUGGUUCCACAGGCACGUCUAUUCCGCAACCAUGGGCCAGAGCCUGCAGAAUAUCAUCCGUGAGAACGCCUCUCGGCUGCGCACGUUCACCGACCACCCCAUCAGCGACGCGCUACCUAAAACCCUUGCGCUGCGCCGCCCGACCAUGCGACAGUUCGACGAACACAUGAUGCGCUUCAUCGGCGGUCCGCCGCCCCUAUUUCCCAUGCCGUCCGCAGCGCAUUACUACACUUGGGCAUCGAGCGACAAGCUCAUGGGCAACAUCCGUGUGCCCGUGCUCGCUAUCAAUGCAGAGGACGACCCGAUCGUCCGCGCGCCGCUGCCUACUGAUGUCGCAGGGAAUGGAUGGGUCGCACUGGUUGUGACGCGGCGGGGCGGCCAUAUGGGGUGGUUCGAGUCUGCUGGGGGCGGGCUGCAGGUCUCACGUUGGACGACGAAGCCGGUUAUGGAAUGGCUGCUGGCGGUCGGCGAGGACCUAGUGCCUGAGCUGCGGAAAGAGAGGUCGCUGAUCGAAGCAGAUGGUCUCUUGACAGAGGAUGGUCGGCCUGAUAUUGGUUGUGUAGAAGUUGAUGAGCAGGCCUUAUCAUAA